GGGGGAGCAGAGGAAAGUUGAGCCAGUCGAGCUGGAUCGUUGUGCGUCCUGACGCACCGGCGGAGCAGCGACGAUGGGAGCUUCACACACGCACACUGAGCCCAUCGAGUUCCAGGACCUGAUAGACAAAACUGGAUUUUCAGCGGAGCAGAUCAAAAACCUCCAGAAACGCUUCCUGCAGCUGAGUGGAAACGAAGAGACAAUAAGUCGAGAAAACCUGGACAGCAUACCGGCCCUCGCCAACAAUCCAAUCAAAAGGGAAAUCAUCGGCGCAUUCUUCGAUAAAAGGAACCAGCAUGACAGCGAGGUGGGUUCCUUCCAGGAGAUUGGCUUCGAGCAGUUCCUCAUGGUCAUGUCUCACUUCCGCCCUCCGACCCUGAAGACCACGGUGGAGGAGAAGGAAGCCUUGAGAAAGGAGAAGCUUCGCUUUCUGUUCAACAUGCACGACACAGACAACGACGGCACCAUCACCCUGGAUGAGUACAGGAAGGUCGUCGAGGAACUGCUGUCGAAGAGCGGCGCCAUCGAGCUGGAGACCGCCAAGGCCAUAGCCGAUGCUGCCAUGUUGGAGGUGGCGAGCAUCAACGUGCCGCACAUGGCCCCAGACGACUUUUAUGAAGGAAUUACAUUUGAGCAUUUUGAACAGAUACUCAAAGGCCUUGAGAUGGAGACCAGGAUGCACAUUCGCUUCCUGGAUGUAGACACCACAACGAUGCGCUGUGGGAGGUCGACGUCUUGAAGGAGUCGCUCUCUCGUAAAGACAGAUGUUUAUGCUGCUGCUGUUUUUAGCAGAAUCUCCUUAAACGGAAUGAAGCCAAAUACUUUUUGAUAUAUUUUGGGACGGUGAGGGAAUAAUCAGACUUUUUUCUUUUUAUAGUGAUUAUAUAAAAGAAUGUCCUGGUCUGCUGCUGAUGCAGUUUGACUAGAGGGACAUAGUUGAAGUCAAAGGACAUUUUUACUUCCCCAGCUCACGUUUAAGCCCGAGUGAUUCAGUUGAAUAUAAUCCAACGUUCAAACAUUCGGACCCUGUCACGUAUCUUCACUUCUUCUGUCGCGCUCCACUUCUCUUCUAUCAGGUUUCACACUAACACUCUACCUCUCUGUGCUCUCUCCUGCUGUUCUGUAAAUCUGUGACAAGAAUGUAAGUGAAGGAUUCUUCAGUCAGAACGUUCCCAUGUUGGGUGAAGUCACUUGUGCCCAGCGGCUGCUCUGGUUUCCAUCUUAUUAUGUCGAACAUCCAAAAACCUGAGAUUCAACAAAUCAUUCCUCUGCAGCUCCAGAAUAGUUUGACGUUUCCUGUAUCUGUUCCUCUGAGACUCUGUAACACUUAUCUUACUACAAAAUAAAUGUCAGACUUGUGAUAAAAGAAA